CGCUCCACCUCGGUCCCGACUGGACAUAUUCCUCGCCGGCGCAAAAACAUGGGGUGGAAUCCAGAUACAGAUGCUUUAGCGCAGAUUUUAGGAUUAUUACGCGAGUCACAAUCCCCGGACACAAUUGUGCAACAAACAGUGCAACAGAAACUAGAAGAACUCAACAAAUUCACAGACUUCAACAAAUACCUUAUAUAUGUCCUCACAAAACUAACAUCCGAAGAUGAACCUACAAGAUCCCUAAGUGGGCUUAUUUUGAAGAAUAAUGUCAAGGCACACUUUCAUCAGUUUCCCCCUGAUGUGGCACAGUUUAUUAAGGCAGAAUGUCUAUCAGCAGUCGGAGACCCAUCACCCCUCAUCCGGGCAACUGUGGGCAUCCUCAUCACCACCACUGCAUCGAAAGGAGAGCUUUCCUCAUGGCCAGAGCUCCUCCCUAGACUCUGCGAAAUGCUGGACUCAGCAGAUUAUAACGUCUGUGAGGUGAGUACAAUAACUAUCCUUGAUGGAGCUAGGCAGAAGUAUUACAUUAUCUGCGUAUAUAAACGGUCUAAAGAGCUAGGGAGACUAUCCGGCAAGUGCCCUUCGGUCUUGUGUGACUCCUUGCACAUCAGGUCAGGCCAGCGGAGAGUUCCCUACAAUAUCCCCUACGACAUCUUCGUUUUGACUUCUCAAGGCGAGUUCACCAUAGAUGCUUUCUUACAGAAUUUGUUCCAUUUGGCCAUGGACGAUGACCCAGAUGUCCGCAAAAAUGUAUGUCGAGCCCUUGUUAUGCUUCUGGAUGCUCACAUUUCCUCCUUGAUUCCUCAUAUGCACAACAUCAUUGAGUACAUGAUGAUCAGAACACAGGAUCCGGAUGAAAAUGUAGCCUUGGAAGCUUGUGAAUUCUGGUUGUCGUUGGCUGAACAUCCAAUCUGCAAAGAGACCCUGAAACCACACCUACCAAAGUUGAUACCCAUAUUAGUUCGGGGCAUGAAGUACUCUGAAAUAGAUAUCAUCCUUCUCAAGGGUGAUGUUGAGGAGGAUGAGAGUGUACCAGAUCGUAGUGAAGACAUUAAACCUUGGUUCCACAAAUCUCGACACACAAUCCGUCAUGAACCAAUGGAGAAUGGAGGUAGUGGGGAGGAGUUUCCCGAUGACGAGUCUGAUGAUGGUCUAGACGAUGAUUCUUCUCUGUCAGAUUGGAAUUUGAGAAAGUGCUCAGCUGCUGCGUUAGAUGUUCUUGCCAAUGUGUUCCGAGAUGAUAUGUUGCCUGUCAUCUUGCCAAUAUUAAAAGAAACUCUCUUCCACCAAGAAUGGGAAAUUAGAGAAUCAGGUAUCCUUGCACUGGGAGCAAUAGCAGAAGGUUGUAUGAAUGGCAUGACCCAACAUCUACCGGAACUGAUCCCAUACCUGAUCAGCUGCUUGAAAGACAAGAAGGCACUGGUGCGCUCCAUCACCUGUUGGACGUUAUCCCGCUACUGUCACUGGGCAGUUGUUCUCCCUGACCACUCCUACCUCAAACCUCUCAUGUAUGAGCUGCUCAAAUGUGUCUUGGACAGUAAUAAACGUGUACAGGAGGCAGCAUGUUCAGCUUUUGCUACACUAGAGGAAGAGGCAUGCACAGAGUUGGUUCCAUACUUGGCAGACAUUCUGAAGACUUUAGUAUUUGCAUUUAGAAAAUAUCAGGCAAAGAAUCUCCUGAUACUAUAUGAUGCUAUUGGAACCUUGGCGGACUCUGUUGGAAACUAUCUCAAUAAGGAAGAGUACAUUCAGAUGCUCAUGCCACCAUUGAUUGAGAAGUGGAAUGUACUCAAGGAUGAGGACAAGGAUUUGUUCCCACUUCUAGAGGUAAGUUAUUUCACCCCUUCCCAAAAUAUCCAGCCUUAUUUUUUCACUAUAGUCUGUGAUGAGCUGUUAGAUUUUUACUGUAUGAUUUCACUAAUAUCCCUGUUCUGUGAGGCUCCUGGUGCACAGCAAUCGGCAAUGAACACACAGGACUUCAUGAUUGCCCUAGAUGUCUGGCUUCGAGCUCAUGGCCACUGUGGUCAGACGCUUAAUCAGACCAUGGCACAUGCACAGAAUCCCGAGCAAUUUGAAGCAGCAGACAAGGACUUCAUGAUUGUCUCCCUAGAUCUGCUCUCAGGGCUUGCUGAGGGUCUCAAUGGGCAUGUUGGUCAGCUGGUUCAGCAAUCCAACAUUAUGCAGCUCCUUUACCAGGCUAUGCAGGACCCAAUGCCAGAAGUUAGACAAAGCUCCUUUGCACUUCUGGGUGACCUGACCAAAGCAUGUUUCCAGCAUGUGGCUCCUUGUAUAUCUGAGUUUAUGCCAAUCCUUGGUCAGAAUUUGAAUCCAGAAUUGAUAUCUGUCUGCAAUAAUGCAACAUGGGCCAUUGGAGAAAUAUCUGUAAAAUUAGGACCUGAAAUGAGAGUUUAUGUGAACCUUGUCCUAACCGACCUCAUCUUCAUAAUCAACAAGCCCAAUACUCCCAAAACUCUUCUUGAAAACACAGCCAUUACAAUUGGACGCCUAGGCUAUGUGUGCCCCAAUGAAGUGGCUCCCCUGUUGCAACAGUUUAUCAGGCAGUGGUGCAUCUCCCUACGCAACAUUCGAGACAACGAGGAGAAGGACUCUGCCUUUAGGGGUGUAUGCAACAUGAUCAGCGUAAAUCCAGGCGGAGUGGUGGAGGAUUUCAUUUUCUUCUGCGAUGCCAUUGCCUCUUGGGUCAACCCCAAGCAAGAUCUCAAGGAGAUGUUCCAUAAGAUCCUUCAUUGCUUCAAGGAGCAAGUUGGUGAGGAGAAUUGGAAACGUUUCACGGAACAGUUCCCACCUCCAUUAAAGGAACGCCUGACCCAACAAUAUGGAGUGUGAGCAGGUGGUGCUGCGAUCAUGUCAAAACCAGAGCCCAGGAUGAGGGAAUUAGCGUCCUGGCCGAGCUCUGUGGCGUGUGCAGUUAGGAGGCCAGGGGGAUCCUUUCAACCCUGUGCCUGGGUGGGGGGAGGGAUCCACUUCUUCUCUCAGCCACUCUCCUCAGCUUGCCUGCCAUGCAUUGCUGUCUAGCCCUUCAGAAUGCUGAACGCUCUCACUGCAACAUCUGUGGAAGACGUUGAGCCGCAACAGGGAAGGAGCAGGCACUAGCGAGAGGUGGCUGCCGCGCGCAUCGUCGAGGGAGGGACUUCGCGGACUGGGUGGGGGAAAGCGGAGGGAGGGGGGUGGUCAGCCCCUGGUGGGAGGGACUCUAGGUGGGAGGCUUAGUCCCCAGCACAGAACAUCAGCACUAGAACACUUGUGUCCUGCCCCUUAACAGAGGGGUAGUGACGUUUGAGUGGGUGCAUCAUGUAGAGGCUGCCCCAUUCAAGCUACAUUCUCCUGUCACGUAUUUCACAUAACCUUGUAUGUAGGUACAGUGAUGAUUUGUAUUAUGUAAGAUAUGUAAAUACAUGAAGUUUUUAUUUUCUACAUGAUCACUUCUUGUAAUAAGUCUUUCCUUGUGCCAAUCAUGGUAUCCAUGACCAUAUAUAUUUCUCACAAGUCAUUGUUGUUUAGGUCAUGUAGUAUUUUGUCAUUAUUUCUCAUCUAUGCAAGGUGGGCUAGAAUCCAUCUGCAGGAUGUUGUAUUGCAGGAGUGAUGUAGAAGGUCUGGGGUAGCGUGUGCCUCUUUAGCAGUAGAUCUACCAGCCUGGCUCUUCCACUGUCUUCAGUGUAUUGGAUGACCCAAACACUUUUAUAACUAAUAUGGUGCUACAUAUAACUUCACAUACGUGUUGAGCAAAUCACCUAUGUCAAAGUAGAGAAACAAUAAAGCAGAAGUAUGAAUUCUGUUAGCACUUGCAAAUCCCCAAGAGCCCCAUUUUUCUCAAGUUUUAAAAUGAGCUCUGUGGAUAUCAAUGCUUACGUAAAUACAAUAGCUACAGACAGACUAUUAGGCUAAGUGGUACUCAGGCUGGUUGUUGUACUGUGCUUUACUGGUUUAAUCUGAAGCUUUAGGACCUGGCAGAAUUUUUUCAUAUCACUGGUUAAGCCAGUUUGUUACAGUAUUUGGCACUGUUGUAUGAGAUUCUGUCUAAUUUUUUACUAUUAUUAUUACCUUUUUUUUUCCCCCUUUUUAAGAUCCUACUGCUUCAGGGUAAACCAUAAUUUGUUUUCCCAGUGCACACAUAGGACUUAAUGGAAACGACUGUGAUCAUAGUGAUUUUUUGAUUUUUUGUACUGUUAUGCAAAGUAAGUUAAAUAUCACAUUUUUUUCUCUCUUGAAAGUCUUUACACAUGAAUCAUUGAUAGAUGGGUUACAUGCUGUGCAAUAGAUGUUACUGAUAAAAUGAUGUUUAUGAGUGGGGCAUGUUAUAGGGGAAGAACUACAUUGUUUAGUAAUGAUAUCAAGUGGGACCCUUAGCUUCAUUUGUUGUAAAAGGGGUAUAGAGGUUCUUGAAGAGUAAACAUGAGAAACAAAACAAAAUUAUUAGGAUUAAGAGCCAAAGAGUGUUCGAAGUUUAAGUACAUUCUUGAGACCAUUUUCUUACAUCAGACACCUUCCAGAGAUAGACAUAUCAUCUUUGUAUACAUUGUCAACUCUUUGGUUCUUGUUAGGGGGCUGAAAAUGAUAGAAUAUUUUACACAAUAUGAAACUUGAUAUAUGGGCUAAUAGUGAGGGGCAUUUAUUAUUUUUAUUCUGAUAUAGGAUUGAUUUAGGGAUCCAUCGGGGGCAGAUAGGAAUUCAUUGUUAGGGGCAAUUUAACGUAUCUGGGUUAAACAUUUUUGAAAUCUUAAAUUUUGUAAGGGUGACAGUGGCAGUCAGACUACUAGCUAAUAGUCUUUUUUUAGGUGCAUCCAUGUGUACUUGGGAUUGUAGCAACCUCAGAUCAUGGUGGUCUUACUGUCUCUGGCAACCCUGGUAGCAGUUUGUUUGGUGUAUCUGUAGACAAAAUAUUGUCAGUAGUGUUGUUAUUUGCAGUGUUUCUUGCAUGCCCUAAGUAUGUCAGUAUAAUUACUACUUGCAAAUGUAAUGGUGACUUGUUAGUUGGCUACAGGGCAACAAGGUUGUGCAAGUGUUGGCCUUGCUAGCUCCACUUAGGGGUACAUCAUUUUACUCUUGGCCUUUGUAAAUCUUGAUAUUGUACAUGCAUCAAAGUUAUGUUUUUGAACAAAAUUAGAGAACUACUUUUGGAAAUAUAUUUUUACCACUGUACAGUGUGAAUGUUUAGCUACACUGCAACAAGUAAAGGUUUACCCUAGGUGUAUGUAGCAGUUUUACCAGCUAAGAGAUGUUAUUCCAUGCAACACAUUUUCAAUUGGAAAACAAAUGUCAAAAGUUUGGGACAGUUGUAAGCUUUCUCCCCAUGAUUUCCCUCUCUUCUUCAUAGUAUGAAUAAGAAUCUAAAGAAGAUAAUUGAUUGAACAUUUAUGAAAAAGGCUAAAAAUAUAUAAAAAUUCAAAGAAGAUUUCUCAAUUUACAAUCCAAAACACUUGUUUUAAGAAAUUUUAGCAAAUGAUCCCAGGCUUUCAUACCCCUAAUAGUGGAGUUGGUUGGUUCUGUAUAGUGACAAGUACAUAGUUUUGGCCUGCCUUUUUUCUUAUAUUUUUCAUUUAAAUGUAAACUGGCACUCCUCGUCUAGAGCCAAGAGGUUUUAACAUCGGAGGCUUCACUAGUAAUAUUCUAAUGGCAAUAGACUAGACACGGAGCAGCAGUUUAAUGAUUUUUGACCCUCAUGGCACUAUCAGAAAGCUAUGUAAUUAUUUGAUGUAUAAAAUUGUAUUGGUGUAGCCCCAGUCUUGCCCAUUUCUAGCUGCCCAAAAUUGUGAAAACAACCUUCUAAUAUCUUGAAUUUCCUUGUUAAAGGGAAAUGUAAAAAAUAUAUAUUAUUUUUCUUCCUUGCCGACUGCUCAAACAUGCAGUCAAAUCAUGGCUUUCGAGUAUUAUUUUGGUAUGAUCUUAACUUAGAUUGGUAAUAUGGAUGAAGUUUGUCGCCCUUUUUGGAGCUCUUGUCUGUUUUGUCCUAGACUGUGCCUUAAAGUUGGAAUAUUCCCCUGACAGUCAAGUGGUUUAUUUGUUCGCUCUCUGUGUGAACACAUUGCAUGCCAGUGUUGAUAGUUGCGCCAUUAACUGAAAACGACAUAGGCUGGUUUAUGAGGGAAUAAGCUAAUCAAACUUGUGUAUUGUACCCUCAUCAAUAUUGAAUCUGAAUUACUAACAUUAUAUUGUAUGAGUUUUAGGGAGAAAAUAAUGUAACCCUCAAAUGCACCAACAAUUAUUGUAACAUACACACCUAUGCACCUUACUGCUUAUUUGGGGUCAAGACUUGAGAGAAUAAUUAUCAUGUUAGCUUUGAAAAGAAUUGUUAUACACAAUUGCAUUGUUUGAAUUGUGUGAAAGAGAGAGAGAGAGGGAGAGAGAGAGUAAAUUUAGUGUCAACAGACACAAAGGAAGUUUCCAAUAAUGUCACCUUGCAAAGUGAUUCUCAUUUUUGUGAUAGGCCCAGUCAAAUGACAGUAUGAGGUAGGCAAAUUAUUUGAUAGGCUACAGUAUUUGACAGUCAUUUGGCAGUUAGGAAAUCUCCCCCUUGCAUUGGAGCCUCUUAGCUUGCUGUUAGGAAAAUUGUUAGGCUGAUGCCCCUUUGCGUAUGAGGAGGUUUAUAAUAUUGUGGCUAGGUCUGGGAUAGGUUGUAGGGAGGGAUGGAUUGGUCAGAGACACGUGGAUAGGCAAAAGUUAGGAGCUGGGUGGGUGCUUGCAGUCCAACUUGGUUAGCAAUUGCAACACUUUCCAACAUGUAGAGGUAUUUAUAAUGACCAUGUAAAAGAUUGAUGAAAAGAGAAAAUAAGAUUGGAAUUGCUUAUCAAGUUUGGGCAUAUUUUAAUAUUUAAUUUAUUUACCACUCUUAUAGAAUGGAGUGAGGGUGUAUGGAUGACAGCUGUAUUUUUUGGAUGAUUGAUUAUUAUAUGACAAAUUCGUUGUGUACGAAUUUAUUUUAAUGCGGGUCCUCUUCUUAGUUUCUGAUCAUGCUCAGUGAUAAUACUAGAGAUUUAUAGUUAUGGUUUUAACUAGUCAUUAAUGUGUUAGGGUUACAAUUUUAGGUCCUUUUUCUUUUUUAUCUUUCCGAGAUGUUAGGUGUUAGGUUAAUUUUAUUCUAUAUUUUUGCUCAUUUGCCCAUGUUUUAGUACAAAUAUUACUGUUAUUGAUAUCAAUUUUUAAAUGAUAUUUUGUUAACUAUUAAUUUUCAUAAAAAAACGAAUAAGUCUCUCAGGCGCUUGACCCCAAAAGAGUGCAUGUAAGAGUGAGUGUUAACUGUACAUGGAGGAACACCUUCUCUCUUUCCUAGGCCUUUCAUUGUCAUUUGUUGUUGUUCUUCCUUUUUCCAUGUUUUAUAAGUACUGAACAAUAUUAUUUCUUGACUGUAUAGUGUCAGUGUGAUUUGUAUUCCCUUGUUCGUGUUCAGCAUUCUCUUAAUUUACUUCAUUCUUUCCAUGCUGAUAUUAUGACUAUGUUAGUAGCACAUUUCAUAUUCUGUCUCUUUCUAGGUUAUUGUAAUUAUUAAAGUUAUAUUGUAAUUUUUUAUUAUUAUGAUUAUUACUACUAUUAUAGUUACAAAUUACUAUUACUAUUACUUUGUCAUCACCUCAUCAUUUUUCACUAGCAUUGUAAUGUUGUCAUAGGUAUCUGCAUCAUCAUAAUACUGCAUGUGGGUCACUUAAUAGACUGCCCUUUGACAAGUUUUGUACAAAUUGUUGUUUUUUUGCUGUGAUAGGUGUAAAUCCUGAUUUGUAAAACUAUUGUGAUAUACUGUAUGGUCUGCACAAAUUUAGGCUCGAAUAGUAGGUUCUCUGGUAGGUCCUUAUUGGUUAAUUUUGGCUGUAAUUAGCAGUUACUUCGCGUGGCUUUCAUGUAUCUUGGGGAAGGAUACCUUGUUGCCAUAUAUUUUGAUUCAGUGUAACUUGUAUUAUAUAUUGUACAUAGAGAAUUGAUUCCCCUCUCCCCCACUUGACGCAUUUCUGUCACCCCUUUUUUGCAUGUAAAAUGCUUUAGUCCUCCAUUUUAUCAUUUUUACAUAUUUGUUCUGCCUGUCACACCGUACGUUUGGGGCUAAGGGAGUUGUACUCUUAAAUUCAUUUGAUGAAUGCCACACGGUUCUUAAUAUUUAUUAUAUAUCCUCAUGAAACACAUUAACUUGGGUUUCUCAAGUGUGGUAGUGUGUUGUUUGCUACAUAUAUAUGUAAGAUGCUUCUCCCACUGGCCUUGUGAAAGUGUUUUUGAAUUAGUAUCUCAUGCUUUUUACAGUCAUGAAUUUAAGUUGAAGAGUAAAAGUAUUUGAAAUGUCCUGACCAGACUGUAAGGAAAUAUUGUUACUUAUUUUAUACUAAAUAUUGUAGAAUGUAAUAGAUAGAGUAGCUUUGAUUGUACUUUCGAGAAUUCCAUUAAACCUAUGGGCAGUGUGAAGUUUAAUAUGUUGUUGGUUAUUGGUGACCCCAUGCAUUUGAAUACCCAUAUCAAAAUAUCCAUGCAUGAUUUUUAUAUAUAUAUCUAUAUAUACACAUUAAUACAUUCUUUUCAUAAGGCAUUUUAGAUGUUUUCCGAAAAAUGCCUACAUACAGGUGCAAGUUGUGCUUGAGGUGUAAAGGUGUGAAAUCAAUCUCGGCUUGAUGGUUCCUCCAAGGGUUUGCUGCCAAUUGUUCGCUUAGUGGGAGCGCAUUCCACGAGUAACACCACGAGCGAGAACCUAGUUAGUUCUCAGACAAAGAUGCUUUUCCAAGGUCAUAGAUGUUUGUUUGAUUAUUUGGUUUAGAUUCGCUUUUGAUUUCAUUUAUGCUGCAUUUAGAAGUCAAGGAUAAAGAGUGGCAGCUCAACCAUUUUUUUUAAGUAAACAGAACAACGGCAGUCAAAUCCAGGGAAAACCAGUAUGUCAUAAAAACAAAGGUGCAAAACCAGCCAUGUCUUCUUUCCUAUCGCUGUGGUAAAGGAUGAGGAAGUGGUGGCACAGUAGCUUGUAAAGCAUUACCAGUGGCCAAUCUUUAUAUUACUAAUAAUUUUAUGCUCAGGGAGGUGUUGCUGUUCUUAGGUUCACAUGGGUCUCAGGGGUUUCCUAACUAAUCUUAGCGUUUCUCAAACAUCCUUUGUCUCUAGGAAAUUUCCUUUUUAAAUGUUUAAAAAUAAUUCUUUAUAAAUUUCAAAUCCGAUGAAAGAUGUGUUAUCGUAAUCAAGAAGUGGGUUGACAUGUAGAGAGCGGUCAUUUGCUCAUGGUUACUGUAACUACCCCUGCCUCAUCCUAGUAAACACUGUGUUGUUACAAGUAGUGGUGCAUCAGUAUAAAUGGAAUGGUGAU